UAUGGGAUGUCUGCCCCCUUUGUGUGUUUGUGAAGAUGUUAGCUAAGCUCUGUCAGUGAGGUUGGGGGGGACGGAACAACGUGUUUUGGGUCAUUGGCGGCUCUUUUUUUUUCUUUUUAUUCAGCCAAUCAUUGGUUCAAUGAACGAGCACUAACUGACAACAACUGCCGCACGAACAGCGUGACUUGUGUUCAUUCCUGCACCGAGAAAAAGGGCGAGCUCACCUCGACCCGGGACCACACAUACACACUACUGCUUGGAAAUAACUGUGGAUCACUUUGCUUCAUUCACUCCUAUGCAGAGAAAAAUACCUGUAAAAUCAACAACAUUCCCACGUCAUUUUCCCUCCUCCCUCGCCGACCGAGGAGCAAGGUCUACGAGGGAUUAAUUCGACCAGCAAGAAAUUAAAUUAAAACGCUGGGAAGAUGUCGGGCAGCGAGGAUGACAGGGAAGACUUUGGAGCCGUGGACGAGCGCUCACUACUUCACGAUGAGGACGAGCCGGAGGAUGCUGUUCUGUCUGACGUAGAGGAGGUACCCAAGUCCAAGAAGAAGAAGAAAGCCAAGAAGAGCAGCCGAGGAGAGAGCAGGAGCAGCAAGAGACAGAGACCCAUCAGAGAGGAAUUGCCUGUCAGCUCUCCAGAGCACCUGAUUGGAAGAGAAACAGCAGAGAGGGAUGUAGACGAGGGUGGUGUGCGGUCAGAGAGUGAAGGAAGUGAUUAUGCCCCCGGGAGGAAAAAGAAGAAACGGUUGAGCUCUGCCAAAGACAAGAAAAAAGGAGGUGUGUCAGCAGAGAAAGGAGGAUCAUCCAGUUCAAAGAGCAAACGUAAAGACCCAGAACCGGACGAUGAUGAUGACGAUGAUGAUGACUGCCAGCCUAAAAGCUCCUCUCAGCUGCUGGAGGCCUGGGGCAUGAAAGACAUUGACCAUGUCUUCACUCAGGGAGACUACAGCUCUCUCACCAACUACAAGGCCUUCAGCCAGUUUGUUAGGCCUUUAAUUGCAGCAAAGAACCCCAAGAUCGCUGUGUCGAAGAUGAUGACUUUGAUGAUGGCUAAGUGGAGAGAGUUUAGCACAAACAACCCACUCAAGGGUUGUGCCUCUGCCAAUGCAGCUCUGGCAGCUGCCAAUGUGGCUGCAGCUGUGGAGAACAUGGUGGUGGCAGGGACAGACGGAGGCCCAGAGACAGGCGCCACCACUUCACCAGCAACUGCUCCAACUCCUGCUGCUGCUGCUCCGACACCUGCUGCACCUCCAGCGCCACCUCUCCGCAAGGCCAAGACUAAAGAGGGCAAAGGUCCUAAUGCACGCAAGAAGUCGAAACCUACACCGAAGCCUCCACCAAAACCCAAACCUAAAAAAGUGGCUCCACUCAAGAUCAAACUAGGAGGCCUCAACAGCAAGAGGAAGCGCUCAUCGAGUGAUGAAGAUGAACCUGAUGUUGACAGCGACUUUGACGAUGGGAGUUUCUCUGUGUCCGAUGGCUCGAAUCGCAGCAGCCGCCCCAAGAAGAAGCCCAAGGGUGUAAAGAAAAAGAAAAAAGUGGAGACAGAAGAUGGCGAUGGCUAUGAGACGGACCACCAGGACUACUGUGAAGUGUGCCAACAGGGAGGAGAGAUCAUUUUGUGUGACACCUGCCCCAGAGCUUAUCACAUGGUCUGUCUGGACCCUGACAUGGAGAAAGCACCCGAGGGCAAAUGGAGCUGUCCACAUUGUGAGAAGGAGGGGAUCCAGUGGGAGGCCAGAGAUGAUCUGUCUGAGGCAGAAGGGGAGGAUGAGGAAGACAGGAGGGAUGAAGGGGUGGAGGAGGAAGAUGACCACCACAUUGAGUACUGCCGGGUGUGCAAGGAUGGAGGGGAGCUACUUUGCUGUGACACCUGCCCCUCCUCCUACCACAUUCACUGCCUCAACCCUCCUCUCCCCGAAAUCCCCAACGGAGAAUGGAUCUGCCCCCGCUGCAAGUGUCUACCAAUGAAGGGGAAAGUCCAGAAAGUUUUGACAUGGCGCUGGGGGGAGCCACCAGCACCCACACCUGUUCCCCGGCCUGUUGAUCUGCCUGCUGAUGCUCCUGAUCCUCCACCACUGGUGGGACGCAGAGAGAGGGAGUUCUUUGUCAAAUGGUGCAAUAUGUCUUACUGGCACUGCUCUUGGGUGCAGGAGCUACAGUUGGAGCUGAACUGCCAGGUGAUGUUUCGUAACUUCCAGAGGAAGACUGACAUGGAUGAACCACCGCCUGUGGAUUUUGGAGGUGAAGGUGAUGACGGUAAAAGCACCAAGAGGAAGCACAAAGAUCCUCUCUUUGUCCACAUGGAGGAAAAUUUUUACCGUUAUGGAGUGAAGAUGGAGUGGUUAAUGAUCCACCGCAUCCUCAACCACAGUGUGGAUAAGAAGAGCAAUGUACAUUACCUGGUAAAAUGGAGAGAUCUGCCCUAUGACCAGUCAACCUGGGAGAGUGAAGACAUGGACAUUCCGGAAUAUGACCCCUACAAACAGACAUACUGGAAUCACAGAGAGUUGAUGGUGGGUGAUGAGGGCAGACCUGGCAAGAAGCUGAAGAAACCAGUCAAAGUCAAAAAGGCAGAGCGACCACCGGCUAAUCCAGUCGUGGAUCCCACCAUUAAGUUUGACCGACAGCCUGACUACCUGGACAGCACUGGAGGAACUCUGCAUCCUUACCAGCUGGAGGGCCUGAACUGGCUCAGAUUUUCUUGGGCUCAGGCCACUGACACUAUCCUGGCCGAUGAGAUGGGUUUAGGCAAGACUGUGCAGACUGCUGUGUUUCUCUACUCUUUGUACAAGGAGGGUCACUCCAAAGGCCCCUUCCUGGUCAGUGCCCCUCUGUCCACCAUCAUUAACUGGGAGAGAGAGUUUGAGUUGUGGGCGCCUGACAUGUAUGUGGUGACGUACAUAGGUGACAAAGACAGCAGAGCUGUCAUCAGAGAGAACGAGUUCUCCUUUGAGGGAAAUGCGAUUCGAGGUGGAAAAAAGGCUUCCAGGAUGAAGAAAGACUCACCAGUCAAGUUCCAUGUUCUGUUGACAUCCUAUGAAUUGAUUACAAUCGAUCAAGCGGUAUUAGGCUCCAUUGAAUGGGCCUGUCUGGUGGUGGAUGAAGCACACAGGCUCAAGAACAACCAGUCCAAGUUCUUCAGAGUGUUGAACAACUACCCACUGCAACACAAGCUGCUGCUGACUGGCACUCCUCUUCAGAACAACCUAGAGGAGCUCUUCCACUUGCUGAACUUCCUGACCCCAGAGAGAUUCAACAACCUGGAAGGGUUUCUUGAGGAGUUUGCAGACAUUGCCAAAGAGGACCAAAUUAAGAAGCUGCACGACAUGCUGGGACCACACAUGCUCAGGAGGCUGAAGGCUGAUGUUUUCAAACACAUGCCCUCGAAGACUGAGCUCAUUGUCCGAGUGGAGCUGAGCCCCAUGCAGAAGAAAUACUACAAGUUCAUUCUAACACGCAACUUUGAGGCUCUGAACACGCGUGGAGGAGGAAACCAAGUCUCUCUGCUCAAUGUAGUGAUGGACCUCAAAAAGUGCUGCAAUCACCCCUACCUCUUCCCUGCAGCUGCCACUGAGGCACCAAAACUUCCCAAUGGGAUGUAUGAGGGCACAGCUCUGACCAAGUCCUCAGGAAAACUGAUGUUGCUCAUGAAGAUGAUGAGGAAGCUGAAGGAUGGAGGACACAGAGUUCUGGUCUUCUCUCAGAUGACUAAAAUGCUAGACCUGCUGGAGGACUUCUUGGAGAAUGAAGGUUACAAAUAUGAGAGAAUCGAUGGAGGAGUCACUGGCAACAUGAGACAGGAGGCCAUCGACCGCUUUAACGCUCCUGGUGCUCAGCAGUUUGCGUUCCUCCUCUCCACCAGAGCUGGUGGUUUGGGCAUCAAUCUUGCAUCUGCUGACACUGUCAUCAUUUACGAUUCUGACUGGAACCCCCACAAUGACAUCCAGGCAUUCAGCAGAGCUCACCGUAUUGGCCAGAACAGGAAGGUGAUGAUCUAUCGCUUUGUCACCAAAGCUUCUGUGGAGGAGAGGAUUACACAGGUGGCAAAGAAGAAGAUGAUGCUCACCCACCUGGUGGUGCGGCCGGGUCUUGGCUCCAAGACUGGCUCCAUGUCUAAGCAAGAGCUCGAUGAUAUCCUUAAGUUUGGAACAGAGGAGUUGUUUAAAGAUGAACUUGGAGAGGGAGAUAACAAGGAGGAUGACAGCAGUGUGAUCCACUACGAUGACCACGCAAUCGAUCGCUUGCUCGACAGGAACCAGUCUGCUACAGAUGACACUGAGAUUCAGAGCAUGAAUGAAUACCUCAGCUCCUUUAAAGUGGCCCAGUACGUGGUCAAAGAUGAAGAAGAUGAGGAGGAGGAGGUGGAAAGGGAGGUGAUCAAGCAAGAGGAGAGUGUUGAUCCUGAUUACUGGGAGAAGUUGCUUCGUCACCACUAUGAGCAACAGCAGGAGGAUCUCGCCCGCAAUCUGGGCAAAGGCAAAAGAACUCGAAAACCUGUGAACUAUAAUGACGGCUCCCAGGAGGACCGAGGUAUAAGACAGGACUGGCAGGAGGAUCAGUCAGAUAACCAAUCUGAUUACUCAGUGGCCUCAGAGGAGGGCGACGAAGACUUUGAUGAACGGACAGAAGCAAACGCCCGAAGACCAAACCGUAAAGGGCUCAGGAAUGACAGGGACAAACCUUUGCCUCCGCUGUUGGCCAGGGUCGGAGGAAACAUUGAGGUGUUGGGGUUCAAUGCACGGCAGAGGAAGGCUUUCCUGAAUGCAGUGAUGCGUUAUGGGAUGCCUCCUCAGGACGCUUUCACCAACCAGUGGCUGGUGCGGGAUCUCAGAGGGAAAUCUGAGAAAGAAUUCAAGGCUUACGUGUCCCUGUUCAUGCGUCACCUUUGUGAGCCAGGGGCUGAUGGAGCAGAGACCUUUGCAGACGGCGUCCCGCGUGAGGGUCUGUCAAGGCAACAUGUGCUUACGCGCAUUGGUGUGAUGUCCCUCAUAAGGAAAAAGGUGCAGGAGUUUGAGCAUGUUAAUGGUCAGUGGUCAAUGCCCUGGAUGGCAGAACUGGAGGAGAACAAAAGGGCUGUAGCUUUGGCUGCAGGUGAAGACCCCAAGACUCCUUCUACUGGGACUCCUGCAGACACACAGCCCAACACUCCUAUCCCAGAGGAUUUAUCUAAACUUGAGGACAAAGAUGACUUAAAGAAGGAGGGAGAGGAUGGCAAGGGAGCUAAGAAGACAGAUGAUCCAGAGAUAAUUGAAAUCCCAGAUGAGUCAGAAAAAUCCCCUGCACCUGAAAAGAAGGAAGGAGAGUCGGACGCUGCAGCAGGUAAGGAGGGGAAGGAGACUGGAGCUAGAGAGGAACGGAAGGAGAAGGAGGCUGAAGACACGGGGACAAAGGAAAAAGAGAAGGACCAGGCUUUGGACGUGGGGGAGAAAAGUACUGUUAAGGGCAAUGGUCCAGAGGGCAUGCUGGAUUUAGAGGAGGACAACUCUAAAGCUGAAAAUGGCAAAGAUGAAAAGAUGGACACCACUUCAUCCACAGAGGAGAAGAAAGAUCAAAGAGAAGAGAAGGAUGGUGUAAAAACAGACGAGUCUGGCAAACUGCAGAAUGGAGAGAACACCAAAGACGGGGGAACAGCUGCACCGGUGGUUAACGUCAGCGAAGAAAAGAAGAAAGCCACCAAGCAGAGGUUCAUGUUCAACAUAGCUGAUGGAGGAUUCACAGAGCUUCAUUCUCUGUGGCAGAAUGAAGAGCGAGCAGCUACUGUCACCAAGAAAACCUUUGAGAUUUGGCACCGUCGCCAUGACUACUGGCUACUGGCUGGCAUCAUACACCAUGGCUACGCUCGGUGGCAGGAUGUACAGAACGAUGUGAGGUUUGCCAUCCUCAAUGAGCCUUUCAAAGGGGAGAUGAGCAGAGGAAACUUCCUUGAGAUCAAGAACAAGUUUCUUGCCCGCAGGUUCAAGCUACUGGAGCAGGCGUUGGUGAUUGAGGAACAGUUGCGGAGAGCGGCCUACCUGAACAUGACAGAAGACCCGGCUCACCCCUCCAUGGCCCUGAACACUCGCUUCAGUGAGGUGGAGUGUCUCGCUGAGUCCCACCAGCACCUCAGCAAGGAGUCCAUGUCAGGGAACAAACCUGCCAACGCAGUGCUGCACAAAGUUCUCAAACAGCUCGAGGAACUGUUGAGCGACAUGAAGGCUGAUGUCACACGUCUCCCAGCAACCAUUGCCCGGAUACCCCCGGUUGCUGUUCGGCUGCAAAUGUCCGAGCGAAACAUCCUCAGCCGACUGGCCAGCCGGGGUCCAGACGUCACCACCCAGAACCAGUCACAGACCUCACAGCAAAUGCAGGUACCUCGCUGACCAGUCACACUGCAUACUUCACACUCAUUGACUAAAGCCAGUCGCGCUCACCUCCCCGCCAUGUAGCAGACUCCUCCCCCUUGACUGUCAUGUACAGCUGUCAGGCUAUUCGUCCUCACACUGCACCUACCAUCCAUCUCUGGACUCAGAGGAACAUCAGCUGUGCUGCUGGACUUUGAAAAGACUGGAACUUUAGACGUAGGAGAGGAGUGAACAGAAGAGUCCUCUCUCUUUCCGCUCGAAACAGGUCGUUCUCCUCAACUGGGGUUCAGAUUUAACUCAUCCAACCUGAGGACUGUUGUCGUGACUGUACUAGAGACAGCGCCACUGACCUGUCCUGCUCUGUGUGUACAGCAGUUUCAAACUUGUGUAUGUAACUUUGUGUAUCAUUAAGCUGACAGGGAUAGACAGGAGUGAAAGCAGCAUGUUUGCAGUAUACUGAUGCUUUGUAGUAACCUUUGGAUUAUUAAAGAAAUUGAGGGAU